GUUGGCAACAACUGGACUGUAAAUGGACAGGGGUUUGCAGAGAUAAAGUGACGGAUCAGGAAAUGGUUUAGGAGAGAUGGGAGUAGGUGCAGUUUAAGAGGGUCUGUAUGGUGUUCUGUGUUAUGUCUAUGGCCGUACUAACAGAGGCUCAUGCGCCUCCACGCGCUAUUGGCUGAGGGGAAUUUCCGUCUGAUGCCGGAAAUGGACGUGGCAAGAUGACAAAGUCCUGAUGCGCUUCCUGUUUUAACUCUGGUCAAGCUAUCAACAGUCAGUUUGCUAUUAGAUCUCACUGAUUACCUGUAGUAACCGUGUUUCUGACUCUUCUCCUCCCUCUGUCUCUUUCUAAUGUCCCGAUAGCGCUCUUGAAGGCUCAGCAGGGGCGAUGCGGGUGUCUUGGCGCUGGUUUUUGGGGCUGUUUUGGGUCGGAUUGUCUGCGACUCGUGCUGGAUCUCCUGUGAUUUCUGAUGAGAUCCCCUUCAAAAUCAGAUGGCCCGGGGCAGACUUCACCCUGUCAACGUCAGGAGGCCUGUACAAAGAAGAUAACUAUGUUAUCAUGACAACUGCGGAAAAAGAAAAGUACAAAUGUUUAUUGCCAUCUUUGUCCAGCAACCAGGAGGAUGAUAUGAAGGAGUAUAGUGGGCCGAGUCCAGCUGAGCUGCUGGAGCCGUUAUUCAAACAGAGCAGCUGCUCCUACAGAAUCGAGUCAUACUGGACAUAUGAAGUGUGCCACGGAAAGCAUGUACGGCAGUACCAUGAAGACAAGGAGACGGGGCAGAAGAUCAACAUUCAGGAAUACUAUCUGGGUACCAUGAAUAAAAAAGAUGGUGCAGAAUCAGAAUCAGAAACAUCCAGCGACUCUGAAACGGAAGGAUCAAACACCAACACAGAGGUGCCAACAAAGAAUAUAGAGGGUCAGCUGACACCAUACUAUCCCGUAGAGAUGGGACAAGGGACUGAAUGCUCUCUGAGACAGAAUGAACCUCGCUUUACCACAGUGCUGUACGUCUGCCACCCGGAGGCAAAACAUGAGAUCCUCACAAUCGCUGAGGUCACCACCUGUCAGUAUGAGGUAGUGGUGCUCACACCCCUCCUCUGUCCUCACCCGAAAUACAGGUCCAAGUCCUCCCCGGUGAAUGACAUCUUUUGCCAGGCUCUGGGUGGCUCCCCUCUCAGACCUCAGAGUCUGUCCCAGCUGGAUCGUGAGCAGGAAGAGCUGCUCAAACCAGCGUUCAGCUCAAGCAGAGAAAGAGAUCAGAGAGGAUCCAGGGAGGACACACCUCCAGUGAAGGAAGAGGCGUAUACUUCUACCCAUAAGCCCUUGACAGUGGGCGGGCAAGCCCAGGUCACCGUUGGCACCACCCACAUCUCUCGUCUGACUGAUGAACAGCUGAUCAAAGAGUUUCUGAGUGGCUCCUACUGUCUGCAUGGGGGUGUUGGAUGGUGGAAGUAUGAAUUCUGUUAUGGAAAGCACGUCCACCAGUAUCAUGAGGACAAAGAACAAGGGAAGAACAUUGUGGUGGUGGGCAGCUGGAACACUGAGGAUCAUAUUAACUGGGCCAAGAAAAAUGUGGCACGGUCUUAUCAUUUGAAAGACGAUGGAGUGCAGAAAGUCAAGGUCGUAUCUCACUUUUAUGGCCAUGGAGAUGUUUGUGACCUAACAGGGAAACCGAGACAGGUUAUAGUCAAGCUCAAGUGUAAGGAAUCAGAGUCUCCUCAUGCUGUUACAGUUUACAUGCUGGAACCUCAGACCUGUCAAUAUGUUCUCGGGGUUGAGUCGCCUGUAAUAUGCAAGAUCUUGGACACUGCAGAUGAAAAUGGACUUCUUUCAAUCCCUAGCUAGCCUAGAUGGAGGAAUGGAUUUUAGUUUGGAGAACAAACAAUACAGAAGAGGAAGGCAGUAUGAUUGUCAGAGGGAGAGAUAAAGGUCUGAUAAAGUCUAGUUCCAUAGAUCAUGGCGAUAACAUGGACUUGCUGAACCUCAGGCCUCCACCCUUUGAGAAAGUCCCUCACUGACAGCACUUUCUCUUGUUUGAAGACUAAACACGGAGGAGAUUUGAUGAAACUUUUAAACCUGGAGAUGCAGCUAGGACUGAAUUCUCAAUGUUUUAUUUACAAAUCUCAAACCUGUUGAAGAAUAUUUUUUGUUCAGCUUUUUCAUGCUUUGGCACAUUUAGAUGGUUGGCUGAGGGAAAGUCACUUAAAAAAUCUAAUCAAAUGAUUAAUUUGUUCUGUUAAUCAAUUGAUUAUACAAGUUGGUCAGCUGUUUUAAAUAUACAUUAUUUAUUUGAUCAAACUUCUGGUAGUUCAGUGCUUGCCAGUAUCUGUGCAUAUGGAGACGGUUAUAUUGUUUUUAAAAGUGAUAGAAGUAGUAAUUGUGCAAUGCAAACUGCAAGGGAAAAUGCACUGUCUUGUAUGCAAAGGAAAGUGAAUGUAAUUAAACAGUUUUUUUGGAAA